AGUGCCAACGGUAGAGUACAAAAGGAUGAAAGUGAUCGCGCAUCAUAAGGCUGAUAUAACGUCCUUGCACAUAAAAGAGGACACCUUUUUUACAGCCGGUCUUGAUGGUCUGAUCUACGUGUAUGAUUUCACAGGCUCGCUGCUCAACUACCUAGACAUACGGACACCCAUCAAGGGAUUGUACACGAGAGAUAAUAAGACAUUCGUGAAAACGGACACGCACCUCUUAAUUUACGAAGACAAGACAUUGAAGAAUCGAAUUGUGUGCGAUGGAAUACUCAAUGAAUCAUUUUUUGCCCGAAUGGCAAGUUUUGGUAAGUUCAUGGUUGUUCCCUCUAUGUUCAACAACAGAGAGGACGUGGUAAUGCUGGUAAGCGAGGAGGAUGUACUGAGCCUGGUAGGGUUUAUUGCUCCGGUUGAGGUUGUUUACGUGUUUGGGAAUAUUUUGAUAUGUGGUUGUCAGGAUAAAAGUGUUGUUUUGUGGCGACAUGAGCAUCACUACAAAUUGCGAGAAAAUUUGUAUGAGGAUGAGAAAAGGGGGAGUUGGGUUGAUGAUAGCAAGGGGAAAG